GCGGUUGGUUGUCUUCCCUGUACGUUCUGCCUUCGACCACCGGUGCACAGUGGCUUUGAUAUUCGAUACAAAAGAGGAUAGCUUGGACUGCAUGCAAGCGCGGUUAAUGGCAAUAAAUCACGCUCACUGAUCCGCCAAUACCGAAUAUCUCAACAAUGGACAUCAUACCAUCAUGGAAUGUCGUCCACCGCUUCGAGAAGCGCAAGCUCCUCAUCGCCAUCAACAGCGUGGCCGCCCUCUCGAUUCUCUUCUUCGGCUACGACCAGGGGGUGAUGGCGGGCGUGAACAACUCCAAAGACUACAUCGACCUGAUGGGGUUCGGGUACACGAAGAUGGAGAACGGGGAGUUGACCGCCGUGGUCACGGAUAGUCUGCUGCAGGGGGGCAUUGUUUCAGUCUACUAUUUGGGGACGCUGUGUGGCGCGCUCCUUGGGGGCUGGGUCGGGGACAAGAUCGGGCGCAUCAGGACGAUUGCCGUCGGGGCGGCCUGGGCGGUGGUUGGCGCCUGCUUGCAGUGUUCGGCGCAGAAUCACGAUUGGAUGAUUUGCGCGCGCUUGGUCAAUGGGAUUGGGACUGGGAUCCUGAAUGCAAUCGUCCCGGUUUGGGCGACUGAGACAGCGGAGCAUACGUCGCGUGGCCAAUUCAUUGCGAUCGAGUUCACACUGAAUAUCUUCGGUGUGGUGGUGGCUUAUUGGUUGGAGUUCGGUCUGUCCUUCAUCGACGGCGGCAAGUCCGCGUUCCGCUGGCGGUUUCCCAUCGCGUUCCAGAUCAUCUUCCUCCUCAUGUUGUUCGGGGUGGUCUGGUUCUUUCCCGAGUCGCCCCGUUGGCUCGUCAAAGUCGGUCGCGAGCAAGAAGCGCGCUACAUCCUCGGCCGGCUUCGAGGCAACACGGGGGAUGAUGCUGUGCGCGCCGAGGCGGAGUUCCGGGACAUCCAGAGUGUGGCCGAGCUGGAGCGGUCGAUGAACCACAGCACUUCAUACCUGGCGAUGCUGUUUGGAUACAAGACGGGAAAACUGCACCUGGGCCGACGGGUGCAACUGGUCAUCUGGCUCCAGAUCAUGCAAGAAUGGGUUGGUAUAGCGGGCGUCACAGUUUAUGCCCCGACAAUCUUCAGCAUUGCAGGUUUUGACUCGAUGAAAAGCCAAUGGCUCAGUGGGUUGAACAAUAUCUUCUACAUGUUCGCCACCCUCGUCUGCGUCUUCACGCUUGAUCGCAUCGGCCGCCGGUGGACGCUCUAUUGGGGAUCCACCGCGCAGGGGAUCGCCAUGUUUCUGGCGGGAGGCUUCUCGCGGCUGGCCAUCAAUGCUCGGGAGGCGGGCCACAGCGAUAAGGCGGCCUCGUUUGGUGCGGCGGCCGCUGCGAUGAUCUUCAUAUUUACCUCUGUGUUUGGCGCAACAUGGCUGACCGUGCCAUGGAUCUACCCAGCCGAGAUCUACCCGCUUGCGGUGCGGGCCCGCGGCAACGCCUGGGGAGUCGUUGGGUGGAGCAUUGGCAAUGGCUGGUUGACUUUGCUAUGCCCCGUCAUGUUUAGCGCCAUCGGCGAGAAGACCUUGUAUGUGUUUGCAGCGAGCAACGUCAUUACGAUCCCGAUGGUCUGGGCGCUGUACCCGGAGAGUAACCAGCGGACCUUGGAGGAUAUGGAUCUGUUGUUCGCGGCGGACUCUCCAUGGGUGUGGGAUGCCGAGAAGACGUUUGCAAGGUUGAAGGCGGAGAAUCCGGGGUAUGUUGAGACUACGGCCAGGAAGGGGAGUUUGGUGGUGGAGCAUGUGAAUGUAUAGGUAUACCUAAGUGAGUUAAGUAUGUAGCUAGUUUAGCGCUAUUUAGACAAG